AUGAACACGAUUAAGUGUCAUUGAAAGUCUUGUGAUUCGCUUGCAAAAUUUUAUAUACCUGAGUUUACUCUCUAUGUGUGCAGCAAGCAUUACAAACUCAGGUACUCCAGGAAGCCAUCAAUUCCAGUGGUGUCUCCCAGUCAGGUAAUUCAUCAUUUUGAUGCAUUGUCAAAACUAACGAAUGAAAUGCUUAACUACUUCUCUGAGCAUCAAAAUUACCAAAAACUCGAUGAGAUAAAAGAGGUUUUCGAAAAGUACAUAGUGUGUAUAAAAUCUGCACAAAGCAAGUUAGAAGAGGUUCAUUAUAACAGGGACUGCCAGUUAUCUCUUGAGAAACCUAAACCUGAGAAAAUUGGUGCAAACUCAGAGCCUCAGAAGAGUGAUCCAAACUCAAAGUCUCAGAAGAAUGACGCAAACUCAAAGCCUCGGAAGAAUGGUUCAAACUCGAAGCCUCUGGUAACCUCUUCCAAGGGUAAGCGCUCCAUCGACUAUAAUGCUUAUGAAUACUACUUCAUAAAGGAGGAGGUCUUGAGGAUACUCAAUAGUCUUAGAAAAGAACCCCUGUUCAUGGACUUUACUGUAGGAAAAGUCUGCGAUGAUACUAGUGACCAAAUUAAUCAGAAAGAUUACGAUGCCUUGUACGAGAUAACCCCCGGUGUUCCUUUGAAAAUAGCUGAAAAUAAUCGUAAAAGUAUUCAAGAACUGGAAGAAAAAUCUAGUGAAGUUAUAGCCGAAGCUAAAGAGGCUGCUCAAGAGAAGAUCCAAGAUCUAAUGGACCUGAAAGCUGAGAUUAAAGAAGAUUAUGAUGCUUGGAUUAAGGAGAAAGUCCAGAUAGAAGAAGACCAUCAAGCCAAGACCUCAGAGAUUAAAGAAGAACAUAAGAAAAAGGUUGAGAGACUUGAGCAAGCUUAUGAGCAGAAACUAGCUCAGGAAGAGAAUGAUUGUAAAAACAAAUUAGAAGAUACACGUAAAAUCCUUAUGCAGAUUGAAAAAGACAUAGAUAAUAAGAGACAAAGAAUUAUUGAAGAGGAAAGUAGCACUCAGAGGAAGAAAGAAGAGAUCCAUAACAUCUGGGAUGUUCAAGAGCAUUUAUAAGUCAAGAGUCAGAGAAUAAGACAAAUAAAGCAAGGAUGGAGUCAUUUAAGGAAAUGAGCAUUAUAAUUGGCGGCAUUGAAGAAUGCAAGUAUGAAGAUGAGUACACUCCGUAUGUCAUUACCUGCUCUCCGAGUAAAGAAAGAGCUUUCAUUUUCAAUCCUGAUAGAGAACUACAAGAUAUUGACGGUUUUAUGACUCAAGUGGUCGAGCUUAAUGAUCAAGCAGAGAGAAAGAUUACUAUUAGCAACUUUAAUAUCAGUCAAAAGAUGCUAGUUCAGCUCUUCUCAGUGAUUAAGAAUAAGCCCUGCGUCUCACUGAGUUCCUGCAACAUUGAAUUAUCCUCAGUUCCUGACUUCGGCUCUGAGCUUGAUGGAUGAGCUAUUGAAGAACUCGAGUUUAGCAACAUGGAAGAUGCUAAAUAUGGAGACUGGGCCACCUCAGAAGCAUUCUUAAACCUAAUGGAGGGACUGUAUAAAGCUUCAGACUUUAAAGCAUCCCUAAAGAAACUCAAAGCCACAAAAUGUGGACUUGGCGAUGAAGAGGUUCAAGAAUUAGUUGGCAAAAAUAUUUUAUGAUCAGUUGAUCUGGAUUCUUAAUAAAUUCUUAUAUUGCGGGAUUUUCAAUUUCUCGUC